AUGCCGCACUGGCGGCAACGACACGCAAAAUCGAGAUCCGCCGAGAGGCGAACCGUAGGAGAUCGCUCGAGGCCAGCGAGCAACAGGCCGCAGCUGAGCGCGAGCGAGAAUGGCAACACCUCCGAAACGAGCUCGAUGAAAUCAACAGAACGGGUCCCCGAUCACCAAUCAUCAUCCAAAGCCUGGACAGGAACGGCCGUCACGAACAGGAUCAAGGUUUCCCUAACCUUCCCCAGGCAGAGGCCCCGGCUUGACGUGAGCGGCUCGGACGCACCUUCUCCAGAAGGCCCGGUUUCUACGGCAGGGGUGGCAUUCAAUCCCCCAGCCGGCGCUGAAAAUGUCGGCGGAUCAGACGCAGAUGACGAGCUAGAGAAGUCAGAUAAAUUGGACAAGGUCGACAGCCCAGAUGAGGACGGCGAAGCAGAUGCAUCAGAUAACCCAAGCGCGACUUUCUGGGGAGUAAGAUAUGUAUCGAAGAAGUAUCUGGUUGAACAGGGCUUCAUGGGAGUGGGAAUAUACUCCGCGAUGUACCGAAGGAAGACGACUGACGCUCUGUACUUUCUGAGUAACCUCGGCGAGAGAAUCUGGUUGACAGACGAGAAUGGGGACGGCGUUCUCGCCCAAGACCAGGACAUGGAUCAGACAACCAAGUCAUCCUCAGAUGAGGCUGAUCCAUGA